CGCUUGAUCAGCUGCUGGCAGUUGGUGUUCUCAAUCACGUCCGCGUGGAGGCUUCAUAUGGCGUACAGGCGCACUUCGGCGAAUAAUAUACACACUUUCAGCGGCGCUCGGUGUGGGUUAUUUAAAUACAUAUUUUAAGUGGGACCUGAACAAAGACGAAGCACCGAUCAUGGCUGAGACUGCAGCUGCUCCCGCAUCCAGGCCCAAGAAGACGAAAAGCUCCAAGAAAGCGACGUCGCAUCCCAAAUACUCCGAGAUGAUCAAAGCGGCCAUCGCAGCCGACCGGAGCCGCGGCGGCGCGUCGCGUCAGUCCAUCCAGAAGUACGUGAAGAACCACUACAAGGUGGGAGACAACGCCGACUCCCAGAUCAAACUCGCCCUGAAGCGCCUGGUGGCCAGCGGGCUUCUGCGACACACCAAGGGCAUCGGAGCCUCGGGCUCCUUCAAACUGGCCAAAGCCGAGGACGCCAAGAAGCCAGAGAAACCCAAACCAGCACCCGUGAAAGUCAAGAAGCCUGCCAAAGCCGCUGCCAAGCCCAAGAAAGCCCCCAAGCCCAAAAAAGUGGCGAAAUCCCCCAAGAAAACCAAGAAAGCCGUCGAGAAGAAAGUGAAGAAGGCAGCGGAGAAGAAGAAAUCGCCUGUCAAAGCCAAGAAAGUUGUGAAGAAGGCGAAGGUGGCCAAACCUGCCAAGGCGAGCAAAGCCAAGAAGGUGAAAGCGGCGAAACCCAAACCCAAACCCAAAACAGCGGCCAGGAGAACGGCCAAAAAGAAGUAAACUGAAAUCGAUAGGACUGAUUCAUUCGAAACUCAGUGUAAAUACACUUUUUGAAGCAAAUGUUUUUGGUAUAUUGUUAUUUUUGUAAGGUCUUUGUGCGCGGACUUCAACCCCACAUUUUUACAGCGUAUUACUCCAGAAACUUUUUUUUUGUGCGCAUUUGUGAUUCUAUCAAGAAGAUCCCAGACAUCGAAACGGCUUAACUGUUAUUUAUUUUAAAGAUCUCUUUCUGGACAUUUCUUUAUAAGCUGAACUUUUUUGCACACUAUUAUCAUCAUUCAGACAUAAUAAUUAAUUUGCCAAUUAGAUAUGUCGAUAGAAGAUAUAUUCCUACUGUAACGUUAGGUCAUUCGAGGACUGUUAAGAACAAUAAUAAAAUGUCAUUGUGUGAAGAACGCUGCCCUGUACAGAACCAACUUGUGACGUGGACUGUUGUAGUCUAGUUCCAUUGCUGUCCAUAUAAUACUGUCAUUGCGCGUUAUUUGCAUUACUGUGCAUCAAUAAACUUUUCUCAUUGCAAGCA